UAUUUGAGUUCGAUACCGUGGAAUUAGAUUCAAAAGACCCGCCUUCUAGAUUAAUGAAUGACAGCUUCGAUGAACAUCCGGUCGAUAACACAGAGUUCAUUUGUUUGCUCUCUUUCCGUUUUGAGAUUUUGGAAGUUGUGUCGACCACGUUUUUGCGAACGAAUUCGUCACAAUGCAAAUUUUCGUGAAAACCCUCACUGGUAAGACCAUCACAUUAGAGGUCGAGCCAUCCGACACAAUCGAAAAUGUAAAAGCCAAGAUUCAAGACAAGGAAGGCAUCCCUCCAGACCAGCAGCGUUUGAUUUUCGCUGGAAAACAACUUGAAGAUGGACGUACACUUUCAGACUACAAUAUUCAGAAGGAGAGUACCCUCCAUUUAGUAUUGCGUCUUCGUGGUGGUAUUAUUGAGCCUUCCCUUCGUCUGUUGGCACAGAAGUACAACUGCGAUAAAAUGAUCUGUCGUAAGUGCUAUGCUAGAUUACAUCCUCGUGCCACAAACUGCAGAAAAACCAAAUGUGGGCACACCAACAAUCUCCGCCCCAAGAAGAAACUAAAGUAGGCUUUGAUGUUGUUAAAUAUUUGAGAGGACAAAUUAAAAAUUAAAUUUA